UUAGGAUGUUCAAGGCAUUGAGGAAAUCUUCUCUUUUUAAGGCCAGUUGAGAGCAAAGGAAAUGGAAAUGUGUCUGAAAGACUUAUUCAUCUGUGGAGGAUAAACACGUUCAUGUUGGAAAUACAAACAGUGGGGAUUUGAGACUUAGGCUGUUCUGUCCUUGUUCCUGUGCAUGUAAACAAACAUGAAUGUCCAGGGGAAAAGUUUCCCUUUGGAUCUUGGGGGAAGCUUUACUGAAGAUGCUCCAAGGCCACCAGUCCCUGGUGAGGAAGGUGAACUAGUUGCCACAGAUCCAAGGCCAAUUAACCAUGGUUUCUAUUCUGGUAAAAGUGAUGCAAUUAAAAAUGAGACUUCCACAGCCACACCAAGGCGCUCUGAUCUGGAUUUGGGGUAUGAGCCUGAGGGGAGUGCUUCUCCAACUCCUCCCUACUUGAAAUGGGCUGAGUCAUUGCACUCCUUGUUGGAUGAUCAGGAUGGGAUAAAUCUGUUCAGGACUUUUCUGAAGCAGGAGGAUUGUGCAGAUUUGCUGGACUUCUGGUUUGCCUGCAGUGGCUUCAGGAAGCUGGAGCCUUGCAUCUCCAAUGAAGAAAAGAGGCUUAAAUUGGCUAAAGCUAUUUAUAAAAAAUACAUUCUUGACAAUAAUGGGAUAGUGUCUCGACAAAUCAAACCAGCCACAAAGAGCUUCAUAAAAGAUUGUGUCAUGAAACUACAGAUUGAUCCUGACAUGUUUGACCAGGCCCAAACUGAGAUUCAGGGCAUGAUAGAAGAUAAUACUUACCCUUUGUUCCUUAAAUCAGAUAUUUAUUUGGAAUAUACAAGGACAGGUGGGGAAAGUCCGAAGAUUUAUAGUGAUCAGAGCUCAGGGUCUGGGACUGGUAAAGGACUACCUGGAUAUUUGCCUACUCUUAAUGAGGAUGAGGAGUGGAAAUGUGACCAAGACACAGAAGAAGAAACCAGCAGGGAUUCGGCCCCUUCCAGCAGGCUUACUCAGAAGCUGCUUCUGGAGACAGCAACCCAUCGUGCCACAUCAACCAGGCGCUACAGCGAGGGAAGGGAGUUCAGGCAUGGACCAUGGAGAGAACCAGUUAACCCUUACUAUGUCAACACAGGGUAUGCUUUAGCACCAGCCACCAGUGCCAAUGACAGUGAGCAGCAGAGCAUGUCAAGUGAUGCGGACACUAUGUCACUGACAGACAGCAGUGUAGAUGGAAUCCCACCAUAUAGACUCCGGAAGCAGCAUCGCAGAGAGAUGCAAGAAAGUGCCAAAGCAAAUGGACGUGUGCCACUACCUCACAUUCCUCGUACAUACCGAAUGCCAAAGGAUAUCCACGUUGAACCACAGAAGUUUGCUGCGGAGUUGAUCAAUCGCUUGGAGGAAGUGCAAAAGGAACGUGAAGCAGAGGAAAAAUUAGAAGAGCGCCUUAAACGUGUUCGAGCGGAAGAAGAAGGUGAGGAUGCAGAUCUCUCUUCUGGUCCUUCAGUUAUUAGCCACAAGCUGCCUUCUGCCCAGACCAUGCAUCACUUCACACCUCGUUACUCUGAGAUGAGCUGUGCUGGGAUGCAGAUGAGAGAUGCCCAUGAGGAGAACCCAGAAAGCAUUCUUGAUGAACAUGUACAGCGCGUCAUGAAAACCCCAGGCUGUCAGUCCCCAGGGCCUGGUCGCCAUUCCCCCAAGCCUCGAUCCCCAGAGAGCAGUCAUGCUGGCAAGAUGCCUGGCAUGCCAGGGACAAUACCUCCAGGGCAUGGCAAGCACACCACAAAAUCAGGAAUGAAACUCGAUGCAGCUAACUUGUACCACCAUAAGCAUGUCUACCACCACAUCCAUCACCACAGUAUGAUGAAACCAAAAGAGCAGAUCGAGGCUGAGGCUACCCAGAGAGUACAGAACAGCUUUGCUUGGAAUGUAGAUUCACAUAACUAUGCAACAAAAUCACGAAACUACAAUGAAAGCAUGGUCAUGGCACCCAACCCCAUGGAAUCACUAGGCUACAGUGGGAAAGCAAGUCUACCUUCAAAAAGAAAUGUCAAGAAGACUGAUUCAGGGAAAAGUGAUGGUGCCAGCUAUGAGAUGCCAGGAUCUCCUGAAGAUGCUGAGAGGAACCAGAAAAUCCUACAGUGGAUCAUAGAAGGAGAGAAGGAGAUCAGCAGGCAUAAGAAAGCAAACCAUGGCUCUUCAGGUGCUAAGAAGCAGCUGGCUCAUGAGAUGGCCAGACCCCUCUCCAUUGAGCGACCUGUUGCUGUGCACCCAUGGGUCAGUGCCCAGCUUCGGAAUGUAGUCCAGCCUUCUCACCCUUUCAUUCAAGACCCUACCAUGCCACCCAACCCAGCCCCCAACCCUCUGACCCAGCUGGAAGAAGCCCGCAGGCGGCUGGAAGAAGAAGAGAAAAGGGCUGGAAAACUGCCCCCCAAACAGAGGUAUGUUCAAGAGGUUAUCCAGCGUGGUCGCACUUCUGUCAGGCCAGCUUGUAUUCCAAUGCUGAAUGUGGUACCAGCUGUCUCCAACAUGGAUCUCUCCAAGUCUGAGUUGAAGCCCCAGAAAAGACCAAGCAGUGGUGCUUCCCAUCCAUGUGAGAACAUUGUGGUUGCUUAUUACUUCUGUGGAGAGCCAAUCCCCUAUCGCACCCUUGUCAAGGGACGGGUGGUAACUCUGGGACAAUUCAAGGAGCUGCUCACCAAGAAAGGGAACUACAGGUAUUACUUUAAAAAAGUGAGUGAUGAGUUUGACUGUGGAGUGGUCUUCGAGGAGGUGCGGGAGGAUGAUGCCAUAUUACCCAUCUUUGAGGAGAAGAUCAUUGGGAAAGUUGAGAAGAUUGAUUAACCUCCAAGGCUCCCGUAAUGCAAGGGAAAAAAGAAAGAAAGAGGGAGACUUUGGGAAUGAAGAAGAUGGUCCAAAGCAGAUGCUUGGGAUGCUGCUCCACUGGUGCAGGGGCACCACCAGGGUGAAGGGAGGCACCUCAGCUCCUCACAAGGAACUUACGCAAGCUACGUUUUGCCAGUGGGAGGUCUUUCACCACACAUACCUUCCAGGAGGAAUCCUGGUGUGGGCUGCUUCUCCUUACCGAAUAUUAAGUGUAAUCUAGCAUUGUACAGUUACAUUAGAAAGUGUAAUAUGACCUUGUUUACUAAAGCUGCAUAUUUUUGAUAUGUUGUAAUAAAAGGAAAAUAUUUCCAAUGUCACAGUGCUCUUAUGUAAAUGUAAGACAUACAGGUACUUCAGAGCUCACCCAAAGUGUACAGCCAUGUGUCAAACUCAGUGUGAAUCUUUGCCUUCACAUUACCAUUCCCCAAUAUCCUGAAUGUGGGUGACUUUUAGCUGAUGCUACCGUGUGCUGGGGGAGUUGAGAAUGCCCUUUGGAAAAUUCACUCAAGCUGCUGUUUCAGAUGCUGAUGUGAAGACCCUACUCCAGCUGGCUUAUACAGGGCUUUAAAAUCUGGCUGGGAGAAGGAUUGUUUAUGUCAUAUUAGCAAAUAUAGUUUUCGUCAUUUAACCAUGCUGGUAUUUUAAGCUAACAGACCUACAAGAGUGUUUUUUUUUUCCUCUCUUUGGUCAUAACUUUGAGCAAGUAGCCCCAAGAGGAGAGGAUUCAGGUUGAGGAGCUCUUACUACAGUGACCUUCUCAUAAAAUCAUCUACUGCAGUUGUUCGUUACUGAAAGCCAGUAUUGACAAGCUGUUUCAGCACUGGGAAUUCCACUUUUGUUCAGUGACUAGAGCCUUUUUGGUCCCAUGAGCCUGUCUGAAAGUCCAGCUGCCAUGGGAAUAUCCUGGAAAUGGUUAUGUGGGAUUCCAGAUGGGAGCAGCAGGCAUAGUACUGGAGGCAUUCUUUGUGAAGUGCCACUUCACACUCAUAUUUCUUUGCACAUUAGAGGCAAUAACUCCAGAGAUUCUCCAUGCAACCUGCUCCCAGCUGGAAGCCAUUUCUGAGUGUGUACUUCACCGUAGGACUCUCAGAUGUAAUUAGCAGUAAAUGAGAGUCCUUGAUAAAAGCUUGUUGCUUAAAACUCAAAAUUUAGCAUCUUACUGGCCAUGUCUACAUGAGACACUGACUGCACAGUAGCCCAUGACUACUACACAGUAGCAUCGUGUGACAGGAAGCAUGAUGUGAUGCUACUGCACAAUAGUCUCAGGCUACUAUGCAGUCAGCAUCACAGGAAAGCCAUUCAGCAGUGCUACUAUUCAAUAACUCUGGUUACUGCACAGUCAUUUAGUACUAGUUAGUCUGUUAGUUACUGUGCAGUUAGUCUGCAAAUGGUGAAAAUUUGUCAUACCCAGGGGUGGAGUGUUGAACCUCAAAAUGCUGAGACCUGAUUUAGUUCCAUGAGUCUCUGUACAAGAAAAUACUAAGAAAGAGCACCUGAAAAUGUAACAUUUAGAACAGAAAUCUCCUCUCCAUUCCACACUCCAUUCCACUCCAUAGUUGCAUGGAAAGGAGAGAGAUCUUAGCAUGUGGCUGCUGCAGGAUGAUUGCUUCUUAUAGCAUAGCUGCCUUUCUGUUAAAUCCUGACUCCUCUGAGAGGGGACAUUCAGCAGAUACUGCAGCAAAGGCACUAAUCUCUCUUCCAGCCUUUGGUUGUAUUUCUCUCUGUGUCUGAUUUACCUUGGUGCAUCCAUUUAGGACUGUUUAGCACCAGUAGAAACUGUUCAGGAAUCUCAUGAAAGGGCAUUUCCCCGAACAGCAAAAUGACUGCAGAGUUGCCUGGGUUCUUAGGGUUCCAGGCCCCCUCUAUUUACGAAGUUGCAAGAAUGCUGAGAGCUCAUAACCCAAAGUGACUGAUGGUUUAAAUAUGGUACAUACCAAAUAUGUGAGACAGCCCUGUCAAGAGGAGAGUUUAGUAUGCAGUCCUGAGUCUACUGUCUCAAACUGCACCUGCCUUCUUCCUACAGUUUUCCAUAUACCUUCCCUUAACGAUGUACUGAGCUGAAGUCCAUUAAUCACCCACACUGAAUAUUUUCCCUGUGCCAGAGGAAGUGUAUGUAGUUGGCAAUUAAGUUACCCAAACCAGACCCCCUUCUUUAGAUAGCAGCCCAUGCCCUGGCUGCAAAGCAGUGGGCUUCUCUGUGCCACUUUAUUUGCACAACAAGCUGGGACAUGAGGGCUUUCACAUCAGCACUGAUCUUGUCCACAGCUGUUUUUCUGUUAUGUUUUCCCAAUACUCUUGUUUUUGCUGCUGCUGCACCUGCUGGCUGCAGUGCUGCUUGAGUGCCAGCUGCCUGCCUGUCACCAUGAGGACAGUAGGUAGUGAUCUGGUGGGCAGGCCUGUUCACAGGCAGGUUUGUCUCUCAGUAUAUUGUAAAUGUCACAGAGUGCCUUUGAACAUAAUUUUGUAACUUGCCUCUCACUAUGUGAAGUCCAGCAAAUCAGAAUUUGUUUUCAUCCAGGGAACUGCAUUGCAAACAUUUCUUCCUCUUUUUAAAUUCUGGUCAUAUUCUGUGUCUGGUGAGAUUGUUAAUGUACAUGACAGUCACAGGUUUUUGGGUUUUUCCCUCCCAUUUUCCCUUUUUUUCUAAAGGGUUCCACUGUAAAUAUGUACAUUUUUUAAGCACAGCAUCAGCCGUCAGUGGCAUGCCCACCGAUGGUAUCUCCUGAGCAUCCUUGUGUGCUGACUUGUACAAUUAUCUUUUAAAAGGUACUUGGAUAAUAAUGGAAUAAAAUACCAACAUGCAAAUA